AAGGCAUCAGUUUGUGUUGACUUGACAAGCUGGCAUUAACAGUGCUACCGGUACUAACAGACUUCUCAAAAGCCGAGGUUUCAAUGACUAUUGAUGGUAGCGAAUGGACGACGGGAACUUACAAGUUAGAGGUUCAGAGCUGAGGCUGCUGGUGCUGGGGCCCAGCCGCGUGGGGAAGAGCUCUCUGGGCAACCUGCUGCUCGGUCGCCAGGCCUUUGACACGCGGGGCGGAUGGGGCACCGAGGCUGCCCGGGGAGAGGCCAGCGGACGUUGCCUCCUAUUGGUGGACACCUACGGGUGGUGCUCGUGGGAGGAAGAGGGUGACAAGGAAGGGGAUGAGGAUGAUGGAGAAAGUUGGGAGGAAGAGAAUGAGGGGAGGAAAAGGAGGAGGAGGAAGGUGUCCAAAAGCAAGAAGCUGGAGCUGCUGGGCGCAUUGAUCCUUUGUGACCCGGGGCCCCACGCCCUGCUGCUGGUGCUGCCCCUACUGCACUUCAGCCGGCGGGAGAGCGCCGCCCUGCAGGCCCGCAUGGAGCUGCUCACCCCCAGGGUCUGGAGCCACACCGUGCUAGUGUUCACGCUGGGGGACAAGCUGGAUCCUGGACAGGGGCGCACCUUCCAGCAGUACCUAGAGGGCACUGGCGAGCAGCUGCACUGGGUGCUGGGCGCCUGUCGCUACAGGUGCCACGUGGUGAACAACAAAACUGCGCAGGACAGGGUGCAGGUGACCAGGCUGCUGGAAAAGGUGGAGGACCAGGUGCAGGAGAACGGCGGAUGGCACUUCUCACUCGUCAUGUCCUGCCGCAUGGAGGAGGAGUGGACGUGCAGGGAGAGGGAGGCCAAGGAGCGGAGGGAGAGGGAGGGGCAGGAAAAGCAUCAAGAGGCAUCACUGAUGGACACAUGGCUGCGUAUGGACACCGUCUCCUCAUACUCAGGCAGACUGCAGCCAAAGGGUUCCACACACUGAUGCCAGUGUGCCAAGGCUGAGAUGCAGAGCUCAAGCAGCUUACAGAUCUUCAAACUCACGCAGACAUUUGGAGGCAUCACACGCACUUGGCUACUAAAGACAUUUUCUGGCCCUGAAUCCCCGCCUGGCUACCUUUGGCAGCAUUGGCGGCUGCUGACCUACACUCUGUGAUUAUGAUCACCACCACAUCGCCCACCCCCCUACUGCCCAGAAUUCACUCAGAAACCACAUCUACCACUGCCAGUCAUAAUUUACCAUUAAUGGGCUCUACCGCUGUCCAUCACGGACGGUCGGCCCCUGCCUGGAAUCUGCUGUGUGACGCAGCUCAGCUCUGGAGUUCUACCCACACAGCAGCAGGCACCGCAAGGGACAGGGGCUAAACUAAAGCCGCGCAAGAAGGCCCUCAGGUCUGUUCUUAAAUCGCCUCGUCUUACUGGUACUUUACAAGCCGCCUUCAAAGAUCGGAGGCUGCUCACCGCCACUUCAACACGGAGUAUUUAAACAAACAGAUCAGCUUGAGCUCAUUGGACUCCACGAACAUUUAAAUGGGUUAAUGUAUAGUUGGUGCUUUAGUGCUUUAUCUAUACUAUCCCUCAUUUUUUAAUUAUGCUAUCAGUGCUCCCACCAUGAGCAUUAUUUGUUCAGGGAGCUACUAUUUAAUAAAGCUGUUCUUCCAACAG